GAUGUCGUUUUAGACAAUAUGAUGCUUCUUCUCGGCUUCAAUAAACCCUGAAAGAUCGAAACUUUAUUCUUUGUUAAACCCUAGAGCUCAAAUCCAUAGAGAAAAAUCAUCCCUUUCUUCAAUUUAGAAGGGAAAGAAUGUCUUCUUUGAUUGUUAAAAGGUCAAGCAGAAGAUUUUCACAUGUAGACUUUUCAAAGUUUCAAAUUUUUUUAUCUCUGAAUCAAAAUCACAAAGUUUUGGUUUCUGGGCUGCCUCCAGUUUUGAUUAAAACCAUAAAAAACCCAUCUUGGUCUUAUUUCAGUGUGUCAAGGUACCACAAUUUUGCACAUUUGAGUGGAAAAGACAAGGUCUUGGCCUCUGGGUUUGGUGUCUUGAAGAGUUUGUUUAGUACACAGGCAGCAGCGGAGCUAUCAACAUCUGAUGGCAUAACUGUUGAUGGAAUUGUGGCUAGCAAUUGGACAAUUCUUGAUGAGAGUGAGAAUGAUUGGAAGAGUCAUGCUGCUGCUAUUGCUCAGUCCAUUCAAGUGAUCAAAAGGCGCUUGCAGUGGAAGAAAUUGAUGGUUAGGUUGGAUCUGUUAUCAGUACAGCUGAAUAAGCCUGAUCUUUGGGACGAUCCUGUACAUGCUGGGAAAAUAAGUCGAGAGCAUGGUUCAUUGAUGGCUAAAAUGAAGAAGGUGAGGACAUUGGAACAAGAAUUGCUGGAGCAUAUUGACAUGAUAAAACUGGCUCGUGAAGAGGAUGAUAAUGAGUUGGAAUCGGAAAUGUUGAAAGCUUUGCUUCAAAUGAGAAGAAAUUCAAAUGAGAAAGAGCAGGAAGCUUUGUUAUCUGGGGAGCAGGAUUCCUGUCCUUGUUAUAUAGAGGUCCAAGCUGGAGCUGGUGGUACUGAGAGCAUGGACUGGGCCAAAAUGGUUAUGCAAAUGUACAAGUCGUGGGCGCAACGUCAUGGUUAUGGAGUAACUGUGGUGGAUGAGAUGCCUGGUGAGAUUGCAGGAAUCAAGCGCGCAACAAUCAAAGUUGAUGGUGAAUAUGCAUUUGGAUAUGCCAAAGCAGAAGCUGGAGUGCACAGGUUGGUACGUAUCUCACCAUUUGACAGUGGAAAGCGCCGGCAUACUUCAUUUGCUGCUGUGGCUGUAAUUCCAAUCCUAGGGGAUGGAUUUACCCAUGUCCCAAUUAAUGAAUCUGAUCUCCGUAUCGAGAGGUUUCGUGCUGGGGGAGCUGGUGGUCAGCAUGUUAACACAACUGAGAGUGCUGUGAGAAUAGUUCAUAUUCCAACAGGAAUCACCGCCACUUGUCAAAAUGAAAGAUCUCAACAUAUGAACAAGGAUUCAGCAAUGGCAGUGCUCCAGUCUCGAUUGGACCAACGUGAGAUGGCUCGUCAGGCUCAGAUGAAUGCACAUCAUACACAAUCUCUCACUGACAUAGGUUGGGGCAACCAGAUUCGUUCUUAUGUGCUCCACCCUUACCGCAUGGUCAAAGACCUCCGAACCAAUUAUGAGGUCACUAACCCGGAUUCUGUGCUCGAGGGAGAGAUAGAUGGCUUUAUCUUGAGCUAUUUAUCAGCUUUGUUGGACAAGGACGAAGAUUGCCGUAAUCUAAGUGCUUAAGCAGAUUGACAGCAAAAUGGAAUGAAGCAAGGCUCACAAUCAUCCAAAUUCCGAUCUUGGUGGUUUCACAAAAGCUUGAGUAGUGAGCCAGUGAGCUGCAAUGUCUAUAACGUAUCGCACACGCUGGUUUAGAUUGAUACUCAAUUGUAAGAUACUGGAUUGAAUAAUAUGAAUUUAUAGAGCAGGCAGCAUUUUUUUGUCUUUUGAAA